CGCUGCUGCCAGUAUAAAUAUAAAUACAACCGUGAUUGUUGUCAAUCAGUUGUCAUAUCCUUUAGUGUUGGUUUGUAGUUAGGUUCGCAGUGCUUACGUAUUUAAAUUUUUAGUGCCCGGUGCCGCGUUGAAUACUAAACAGUGCAUUUAUGUCAUAUGUUAAAAUCGAAGAAUAACCCUAAAUUUAAUCACAAAAAUGGCAUCCGUGUGUGCAGCGAAUGUCCGCGGUAAAUUAAGAAACUUUCUACCCUUAAUUAAUCACACCACAUCAAGAACCUAUUUUGCGAAUAAUAUACACGAACUUGGCCAAGUUAUUAAAGGGAAAGAGCCAAAGUGGGUUGAUCAGAAGGAUACUCAAAAUAUAUUUGAUGGAAUACUAAAAUCCGGUCAAACCGUCUUCGUGCAUGGCGCGGCAGCAACACCCAUAUUCCUAAUAGGCGCCAUGACCGAGUACGGCAAAAAUAACUGUCUCGAAGGUGUACAAGUUAUACACAUGCAUACGGAAGGAAAGGCAGUGUACACAGAUCCGGCGCUCAAAGAUGUUUUUAGAUCAGUUUCGACAUUUAUGGGCGGGAACGUGCGUAAAGCCGUGCAAGAUGGACGAGGAGACGCUAUACCAAUUUUCUUGUCCGAGAUUCCAUUAUUAUUUACUCGGAAAAUUUUUAAGCCUGAAGUUGCUCUAGUUUCGGUAUCGCCUCCAGACGAACAUGGCUUCUGCAGUUUGGGUACAAGUGUCGACUGCGCAAGAGCUGCAUGUCUUCAUUCCAAAUAUAUUGUAGCACAAGUAAAUAAACAAAUGCCCAGAACUUUUGGCGAUGGCUUGAUACAUACGAGUCACAUAGACUUUGCUGUUUGCGUUGACGAACAACUACCACAGCAUGGAGGUAAACCGCCGACGGAAGUGGAGGCGAAAAUUGGAGAGCUGAUUGCCGAAAAUCUGGUUGUAAAUGGCGCCACAUUACAGAUGGGUAUUGGUAGCAUUCCAGAUGCGGUUUUGCAUUCUCUAAAAAAUCACCAGCAUCUCGGAAUACACUCUGAAAUGUUCUCCGGCGGUGUAAUAGAUCUGGUACAGAAUGGAAAUAUUACAAACGCGAAGAAACCAAUCCACACGGGUCGUAUUGUCGGUUCAUUUUUGGUCGGUCACCAACCUAUAUACGAUUUUGUCGACAACAAUCCUUCCAUUGAAAUGUUACGAGUGGAUUAUGUAAAUAAUACGAAGGUUAUCGCGAAAUUGCCCAAUAUGACCGCCAUUAAUUCCUGCAUAGAAGUUGAUUUGACAGGUCAAAUCUGCGCCGAUUCCAUAGGGACACGAAUGUAUUCUGGAUUUGGAGGGCAAGUUGAUUUCAUUAGAGGUGCUGGAGAAGCACUGGACGGCAAAGGCAAACCUAUAAUUGCCUUACCAUCAGUUACCAAUAAGAAGGAAACUAAAAUUGUGCCGACUCUAAAAGUUGGUGCUGGAGUUGUAACAAGUAGAGCGCACGCGCAGUAUGUCGUAACAGAGCAUGGUAUCGCGGAACUAUUCGGAAGAACGCUUUUACAAAGGGCGCAUGCUUUAAUUAAUGUCGCGCAUCCCGAUCACCGCGAAAGUUUAGAGAAAGCCGCAUUUGAACGUUUUAAGACUAUGCCCAGAGCAUGUUAAUGUUCAGAAUACCGUGUAUGGUGUAUGAUAGAAUAAAUUUUUGUAAUGAUCAUCUUCAACAUUUUGUAGGCGUGAUUUGUCUAAAUGUACAAAACUAUUAAGCAACAUCGAUUUAAAUUAAAUUAAUUAAAAUGUGUCAUGGACGACGUUUAAUAUCGCAUUUAAAUAAUAUGAAAAUAGGCCUUUACAAUUGCCUGUACAAUUGCAAAUUGUAUUUUUAUAAUCGCAGUACAAAGGUACCUAUGUGUCAGCGUUUCAUUUACAUUGUCAUCUCCUCCAUGACUUCCCUCCCCCACUCCUCUUUCUUCCCAUCCUAGCACUGACUUUCCUGCUUGAGCUCUUCAUUUUCUUUAGUGUCUAUCGUCUUCCUGGUUUUUAAAAAAUGCCAAUCAAUUUCUUACAAAUAAGGAUACUUUUAUAAUACUAAGGUUAAAUUGCCUUAGUUUAUAUCUUUCAAGUGUAUAUUUUAAAAUCUGAUUUUCAUAUAAAAAAUUGUAGCAAGCCUUUGUCCUUUAGUGGAAAAGUUGAUUGUAUUUAUUGCAAUCUAAGGAAAUUUUCUGUUUUAAACAACCUAAAUUGUGACAACAGUUUUCCAUUUUAAUCUUGUAUAUUUUUGUAAGUAUAGCAACUGUAAGUUUAGCUCAUCAGAGUGACUAGGAAUAAUAAACUUAUGACAUUUGUUUUUUUUUA